CACCUUUGUGAAUUUCAUCGCCUAGUAACGCGUCACGGACCCUUGAUGGAUAAGUAGAUUAUGAAUAGCAGCCGAUGAUUGAGAACUUGAAGAAUACAGCUACAGUAUGGAGCUUGAUGGCAAAACAGGAUUUCGAAGUUAUCGACUACUUUGGACCCGUUGUUGUAGCAGCAAUUUUUGGCGUCACACUAUUUCUAAUCUCAUUCUUCAUCAUUAACUUCUUCUGCAUUAGCAAAUACGACGACUUCACACAGUUUGAAAAAUUCGGUGCAAAGCACAAUUGGCGGAUGGGUCCACACAGACUGCACAUCGUCAAGAAGGGCGGAUUUAUUGGUGACGCAUACGAUGACGAAGAAGAAGACCGAGUAUUCUUCCCAUAGAUUAUCUACAUUCCCGAAAUCUCUGUGGCCUUCUAAACUCAAGUGU